UUUCCGCGCUCCUACUUCCUGUUCCCGUGCCGCGGGUUACUGUUGGGCGGGAGGAGCUUUUGGAGCUGAACUGCAAGCAGUGAGGAAACCGGAGCUACCCGUCCGUCGCAGCGCUGGACGCCAGGCUGCAGCCGGCUCUUGUUGAAAUGGCAUCGAGAAAGAGGAGGUUGCAACCUCCUGAGUACCCGGGGAGCUGCGGGACAUCCAGCGAGCUGCAAGCUGCAGCAGAGAAGCUGGAGCGCGGUGCAGCGGCCGAGCCCCGGGUGUGGGACAGCGGCGCAGCCACCGAGCUCCAGCCCCGGGUCCACGGCGCAGCCACCGAGCUCCAGCCCCGGUUCCACGGUGCAGCGGCCGAGCCCCGGGAUAAGGGAGCAGCGGCCGAACCCCAGGACCACGGUGCAACCUGCACCGAGCAUUUCCACGCUUGCACGGCGUCUCCUCGCAGGCUCCUCUGGGAUUUCUUCCGCCGGCCUUGCGUGGCCCUGGCCCGGGAGUGCCUGGGACAGGUGAUGGUGCGGAGGCUUGCGGAUGGCACCGAGGUGAGGGGCAGGAUCGUGGAGACCGAAGCUUACCUGGGCGGUGAGGAUUACGCUUCACACUCCCGCGGCGGCAGGCGGAGCCUCCGCAACGCCGCGAUGUUUAUGAGCCCAGGCACUCUGUACGUCUACCAGAUCUACGGCCUUUACUUCUGUCUGAACUUGUCGAGCGAGGGCGACGGGGCGGCCGUGCUGGUCCGCUCGCUGGAGCCUCUGCAAGGGCUCGAUACAAUGAGGGGACUCCGCAGCAAGCGCAGGAAAGCAGGGGGCAAGCCGCUCAAAGACCACCAGCUCUGCAAUGGCCCCUCGAAGCUGUGCCAAGCGCUGGACAUCACCAAGAGCUUUGACCAGGAGCAUCUGGCCACGACCACGGAUCUCUGGAUGGAACGAGGUCCCCAAGUCAUUGCUGGAACAGAGAUCAUCUCCAGCAGCCGCAUCGGGAUAGGUUAUGCGGGGGAGUGGGUUAGCAAACCUCUCCGCUUUUACAUAAAAAACAACAAGUGUGUGAGCGUUAUUGACAGGAAAGCCGAGGCGAUGAACGACUAGUCGAACUGGAGAUGCCGGUUUACACAAAAGGACACAAAGUGCUGAAAUAACUCAGCAGGUCAGGCAGCAUAUCUGGAGAACAUGCAUAGUUUCGUUGACGUUUCGGGUCUAAUUAUCAAUGCCCUCCUUAUAUUGUUAGUGGUUCUGUGGCUUCGUUUUGUUUUAGAAGCCCAAGUCGUUAUUUCUUUUCUCCAGAGAUGCUACAGCUUUUUGUGUCUAUCUUCAGUCAUUUUUUAUGCUAAGCCUGUUCAAAAUAGGGAGGUUUCACGGCAGUCGGGUCACGACCCAUGACCCGUACUGUUGCU